CGCACCGCUAGCCCGGAGCGCUCCGCGCGCUCCGCUGGCCGAGCGCUGUGCGCUGCCGCCGAGCGAAGAGGGUUGCUUACAUUCGGAGUAGCGCGGCAAGGGUAAUCUUGAAAAAAAAAAUAAAAGCACCCUUCUUCUGCUUUAGUGUUUUAACCUUUUAGCCUUUUAGUUGUUUAGCGCUUUAGCUUGCCUUACUCUCUACUGCUAACUAAAGGUCGUCCUGUCCGCCCUGCGGCGCGCAACGCUACUCCUUCGUCUGGACAUUUUAAGGUUUCGUAAAAUUAAAUCAGCAUCACUGUAAGCUAUAUCUAUCCAGGAGUGGACAUUUGUUUAAAAGUUUAAGAUUAGUCUCCCUAAAAAAACGUUAUAUUUAAGAUCAUAAAUGGUACUAACAUUAUAUUACAAAAUGAAAAUAAUAAUGAUUUUUUUAUUUCUGUGUGGAAUCGCAGGUUUUAUUUUAAACAGAAA